GAAUACAUAUAUACACACACACUAACACACUAGUGAGUGGCACUCACAGUCACGUUGUUCCCUCACUUAAAACUUGAAACUUGAAACUUGAAAGUUGAAACCUUCUUCUCUCAGCCGACACAAUGCAGCUCUCGCCGGCACUCACCGGAGCUCUAGCUCUCUCGCUCCUCCUCUCUCUCCUCCUCCCCUCCACCACCACUCACGCCCACAACAUCACCCGCAUCCUCGCCCAACACCCUGACUUCUCCACCUUCAACCACUACCUCACCGUCACCCACCUCGCCGCCGAGAUCAACCGCCGCACCACCAUCACCGUAUGCGCCGUCGACAACGCCGCCAUGUCCGACCUCCUCUCCAAACACCUCACUCUCUAUACAAUCAAAAACGUCCUCUCUCUCCACGUCUUCGCCGACUACUUCGGCGCCAAAAAGCUCCACCAGAUCACCAAAGGUUCCACCCUCACCGCCACCAUGUUCCAGGCCACCGGCGAAGCUCCCGGCACCUCCGGCUACGUCAACAUCACCGAUCUCAAAGGCGGGAAAGUGGGUUUCGGAGCCGUAGACAAUGGUGGAAAACUCAGCUCCACGUUUGUCAAAUCGAUCGAAGAACACCCUUAUAACAUCUCUGUGAUUCAAGUCAGUCAGAUCUUGAAUUCAGCGGAGGCCGAAGCUCCGAUUCCUGGACCAUCCCAGCUCAAUUUGACAGUUCUAAUGGCGAAACAGGGCUGUAAAUCGUUCGCAGAUCUAUUGAAAUCCUCAGGAGCCGAAUCAACAUUCAAUGAAAAUCUCGAUGGUGGGUUAACUGUGUUCUGCCCGAGUGACUCUAUUCUCAAUUCAUUCAUGCCCAAGUACAAGAACUUGACAGCGGCCGGAAAAGUAUCGUUGCUGUUAUAUCACGGCGUUCCGGUGUACCAAUCGAUGCAGACAUUGAAAUCGAAUAAUGGGUUGAUGAACACUUUGGCGACUGAUGGAGCGAACAAGUAUGAUUUCACAGUGCAGACCAGUGGCGAAGAUGUGACGUUGAAGACGAAGGUGGUUACGGCGGCGGUGACGGGGACGUUGGUGGAUGAAGAGCCGUUGGUGGUGUAUAAGAUUGACAAGGUGUUGGAACCCAGUGAGUUGUUUAAGGCGGCGGCGGCGGCGCCAGCUCCGAAGGAGACGGCGCAAGCCACGGCGCCGGGGCCGGAUGCUCCGGCGGACGCAGCGGCGGACCAAACCGCCAGUGAUAGUGGGCGUGGGAGAUUUUCCGGCAUGUUGGUUAUGGUGGUUUUGAGUUUGUGGAUGGGAGUGGGGUUGAUUUAGUGGGUCGGGUCAUGGGUUUGAUGGGAUGCUCUAUAUGGUGUGAAAUGGUCCCAAAUUGCAUAGAAAGGAAAUUUGUUUUUUUGUUGUUGUUGUUUUUUUUUUUUUUUUACUUGUCAAAAGAUGAUAAUAAUGAGUCACUUUAUGGGGUUUUGUUUUUUUUUUCUUCCUUCAAUUUGAUUUGUAAUUAUUUGUUUGUAUACAUGAUGCCAUUGUGUGAUGCACAUUUUAAUUUUUUUGUUCCUUUUAAAAUUCUA